AUGUACCAUCAACCGACUCAGCCACCUUCCUCCGACGGUCACGUACAUUUCUCGCCCACCUCUCCUCCUCCACCCAUGGACUGGCACAACAACACAUCCAAUGGCCCGGUCUCCACGAGGCACCCCACAAACGUCUAUACAAUGAUGAAUCCUGCGCCGAAUCAUGUUGAAUACCACCACCAUCCACACCCAGACGCAAACCCCUUUGUUCCUCCCUCGCAGCCUGACUCAUUCGCACAUCGCCAUCCUCACCUUCCCCCAAUCAACCAUCAUCAACCCAACGAUUCUCUCGCAUUUCACUCGCCGCAGGUAGAAAGCAGCAUCGGCCCUAGCCGUAUUCUCACUCGUCGCCGUGCUCGUGCUGCAGAACAAAGCCAACAUUCUCCAGAUGAUCAAAAUCACGCGUCAAACUACUCUUACGAGCUGCAGAGACCGCAGCAGUCCUCAGCAUUCAGUGGCCACCCCCAGCAGAUGUCUCGCGCUGCGACUCCGGCUGAUGCCCAACCCGAGCCUGUUUUUGGUAUGCGCGGCGGGAUACCUCCCUACAUGCUUAAUACUGGUCAUGCCUAUUCUCCGUACACGUUCGUGCCAUCCCAUUCACGUUCAACUUCCGGAUCCGGAUCGGGCUCGGGUUCGGCCUCCACCAACCCUCGUUCUGCGUCUCCCGCGCUCAGCGUAGCGUCUGCUCUCACUUCAGCAUCAUCCGCCUCUGCAUCAGGCUCGCACAAUACUUCGUCUCUCCCUGCAGCUCCGCUGGUCGUGCCAGAUACUGUUCUGCGAAAGAAUCGCAAACAGAAACUGACCAACGCCGACCGCAAGCAAAUAUGCAGGUACCAGGAAGAAAAUCCUACCAUGAAGCAGGAUCAGAUCGCUGCUCACUUCGGUGUCGAACGCAGCACGGUCAGCAAAAUCUUGAAAGCAAAACAGAACUGGUUGAACAAGGCGGACGACGAGGUGACCGAUAGGUCGUCCAGGACGAGACCCACCAAGUUCCCCUGGCUUGAGUUCCGUCUUCUGGAUUGGCUUAAGGAGUGCAAGAAGAAUAAGACAAUCAUUACAGACGCCCUCAUCCGCAAUACAGCCAAGCAGUAUGCGCUCGACAUGGGCAUCACCGAGGAGAAAUUCAAGGCUAGCUCUGGAUGGGUGGAGAACUUCAAGAACCGUCAUGGCAUCCGCAAGGGGAUCUUCAACGGUUAUCCACAGCAAAAGAAAGCGUCAAGAGUGGCUCCUCGAGAGGAUAAUAAUGCGGGCGUCCCGGAGUAUCUCCCCGACCAACCCGCUCAGGUUCAGCAUGAGGGGUACAGCAUGCGCCUCGAACAAGAUGGUCAUACGGUCGACCCGAUAUUGCGUCCCGCGUGGACCACCGACAGUGGCAUGCACCUCCAGUUGCCAUCUUCCCAUUCGCCCGUCAUUGAGCCUUCCCCCUCUCCCCCGCCCCUCCCAACUGAGCCCAUGCCGAUCACCGUUCCCGACGGCCCCGACCAGGGAAAGGUCGUUGAGGUGGUACCCAAAAUCGCCAUAUACUCGGACGGGCAGUGCCCGACAGCCGAGGAGGCUGAAAUGUACUUCGACAAGGUUCUCACGUACAUCGAACACGAGGUGAACGAUGACGCGAUCACGGAGCCUGAGCGCCGUGCACUGUACGCCGUCAAGUGCAACCUCUUCCAGAGGAAUGUCGGCGUGCCGUAUGACCGUUCGACCAUACUCUAG